CUCCGGUAGAAGUCUAAAAGGGCGAGGGCGGGCUGGCCCUGCCUCCCGCCGGCCGGCACCGUCACCGUCCUGCACCUCCCGUCCCCUCCCCGCGCCCGGCCGUGGGCGGCCCUGCUGAGGUGGUGAGCACGCGCUGGUUCACCAUUAACAGAGUCAAGCUGACCAAGCAACUCACCACAGCUGUUUUCCCCUCUACAAUCCUACUUGUAGUGGACUCACAGGAAGAUGGUUGGGGAUCUGGAAAGUAAGUUGUUUGCUGUCUUAUUUCUGCUCAGCACAGCACAAGCAGGAAAUACAGGCAGACUCUCAGGGCAUCACUGUGCUGACUUCCAGACAGCAAAUAUCCUACGGGGUAGUAAACUUAAGGUCCAAUUUCUUCUGUUCACCUCCUCAAGCCCCAGCUGUGGGGAGCUGAUUUUAGCUGAUGAUGACAUCAAGAAAAGCAGCUUCAACAGCAGCCUGGAAACAAAGAUCAUAAUCCAUGGCUUCAGGGCUUUGGGUACCAAACCUUCCUGGAUUGAAGGGCUUGUCCAUGCCAUACUGCACACAAGCCAGGUUAACGUGAUCGCAGUAGACUGGGUUUAUGGUUCUACAGGAGCCUAUCCCUCUGCAGUGGAAAAUGUCACACAGCUGGCCCUCUCCAUCUCACAGUUCAUCAGCAAGCUCCUGGCCCUGGGAGUCUCAGGGACAUCCAUCCAUAUCAUUGGGGUAAGCCUUGGUGCACAUGUCGGGGGCCUGGUGGGACACUUCCAUGGUGGUCAGCUGGGACGGAUAACAGGGCUGGAUCCCGCAGGCCCUAAGUAUACCAGAGCCAGCCCUGAGGAACGCCUGGAUCCUGGAGAUGCCCUCUUUGUGGAAGCCAUUCAUACUGAUGCUGACAAUUUUGGGAUCCGGAUUCCUGUAGGCCACAUUGAUUAUUUUGUGAAUGGAGGCAAAGAUCAGCCAGGAUGCCCCCGGUUCAUCUCUGCAGGUUAUAAGUAUCUGAUCUGCGAUCACAUGAGGGCAGUGCAUCUCUAUGUCAGUGCCUUGAAACAUUCCUGUCCGAUCCUGGCAUUUCCCUGUGCAAGUCAUCAAGAUUUUUUAAACGGUCAUUGCGUGGACUGUGUUGACCCUUUCCUGUUCUCCUGUCCCAGAAUAGGCCUGCUGGAACAGGCAGGUGUCGAGAUGAGAAAGCUGCCAAAGGAAGUGAAAGUUUAUUUAAUGACCAGUACCUCAGCCCCAUUCUGUGUCCAUCACAGCCUGGUUGAGUUCCAGUUGCAGACGAAAAGAAAUGUAGUCACCAGCAUUGAGAUCACUUUCUGCAGCAACAGUACCAACGACUCGGCAAAAAUCACCAUACCUAAGCUCCAGGUGAUGGGCAAACAGCUGCUGGCCCACAGAGUUCCCCUCUGCCAGAUAAACAGCGUGACACUGAAGUAUCUCCCCAAGAAUAAAUUUUGGAGGAAGGAUGAGUCAUCCAUCGUGGGCAAGUUCUGUGCAGCCCAGCUGCCUCUCGAUAGCAACAGGACAAUGUCAUGCCUGCCCUGGAACAUCACCCUCCCAGGCAACACAAAUGUCUCCUAUGAGCUGCCUGCUACAUGUGCCUAGCACUGCCUUCGGAGCAUGCAGGCAUACCCAAACGGGAAAGGAGCCCUAAACCUGUUGCUGCUCUCUGCUCACGGAUGAUACUUCCACCAUAAAACUGGACGGGUUGCUUACUUCCUGCAUGAAGGACGGGACAUCAAGGAAAAUUAAGUGUGUGGGAGAUCAGUGGGUACAAGGCUGGCUGGUUACAGCAAGACCUCUCAGUUAAAAGACUGGAUUGGGACUUUUAUCUCAUGGGUUCUGUAUCCAGCUCUGAGACGGGCAAGUCAUUUAAUCUCAAGGUUUGGAUCUCUAUGAAAGGAGGAGGAGAUAAUAUCACUCUUUCUGUGACGGGACUACUGGGAUGAUUCAUUUGUAUUUUAUAUUAAAGUGUCCUGAGAUCUUCAUAUUAAA